AGAAAGCGUAUUGAAAAAAAGCUUUGAAGCUGAUCUUGAAUUUUCUGAAAUCAUAUACCUGGAUUGUAAUAAUUGAACAAACAUUUAAUCAGAAAAAAGUUUGUUUUUUUUCGUCCUUCUAAUUUAUAAACAUACAGUUAGUGAUCAGGAAACAUUUAAUGAUUGAGAAAUUUUCAAUAUUCUUCAGCUACUUACGAUGGCAGACGGUGAUUAUUCGCUGAGUCAAUCCACUGAAUCGUCCAAGGCGAGCCUGCGUUCGGUUUGUUUGGAGAACUGUAAUGAGAUCUUGACAUGUAUGAUCUGUAUGUCUAAGCUGGAUGAUCCUCGCUUGUGCCCUCAUUGCUCAAAGUUUUAUUGCUUUAAAUGCAUCUCUGAAUGGUUAGCAUUGAAGCCCGAGGAGCGAAUGUACUGCCCUUAUUGCACGCAAAACAUACAGCUGGACAAUCUGGUGAAAAUUCGUUGGUUUCAGCAGAUGGAAAAAAUCAAUCGUGUUUGUCUUGAACAGGAGUCUACAAAUGACGAAGCGAUCGUGACCGUCGAUGUGGGCAUCAAUGAUGCAUGUCCGAAGCAUUUGAAAGCUUUCAUCUUCUAUUGCCACAUCUGUGAAGAAUGUGCUUGCGAAGACUGUGUCAUACAGGAAGACAUUUAGAUCACACAUUCAAAAGCCUGGAUGUGAUCUACAAAAGUAAGAAGCAGAUUAUGGAAAAGGAGAUUGAGAAGCUGACACAUUCCAUGGAGGAAAUAGCGCUAAUCGUUAAGAAAACGGAUCGAUCGAUGGAAUUGGUAAAGAAGUUGAGAGAAGGAAAACCAAACCAGAUUCGAGCGCUGGCUGAACUUGCAAUAAAGGAAUUCGACAACCAGGUUGAAGGAAAAUUGCAUUUAAUUCAGGAACAUAAGUCGUCUCUACUAGAUAUUGAAAAAACGUGCAAGCAAAUAAAAAACAAAGUGACGAGAAGUACAAGAUCACAGUUAAUUUCAGAGCAGGAGACCAUUUUAAAGGAAAUAGACAAAAUCCAAAGGAAUCCGAAUAUCAAAUUCAAACACACCCAAGUUGAAUUCAAUAUCUCAACUCCGGUCUUAUUCGGUGUUUCAGGUGUUUUUUUCAUCGAGGAAGUCUCUUCUUUCCUCAAUACAAAGAAAACAGUUUACUCAGCCAAAAUUACCAGUGAUAAUCAAGUGUGGAUCAUUUAUUGUACCAAUACGCACGUCGAAGGUUAUCUGUCGCUAUAUUUGAAAUCAGAGAAUGGAUCACCAUACUGGACGGAAUUCAGCUUACAGUUGAUGCAUCCUAACGCCGAAAAAAACGUUAAUACAAAGUCUAAACAACGUUUUCAUAACAACUCUUGCUGGGGUUACAAUAAACUUAUCUUACUGAAGACCAUUUUUGAUGAUAAUUAUCAGAAUGAUAACGAUUCAUUAGAGCUGCUGUUUAAUAUUAGACCUAGUACGGAUGAGAAUGAUUCUUCUUGAAUCACCUGAUGUAA